AAGGCGAAAAGCCGCACGGAAACCUGGCGAAUACGGCGAUAAAACCCUGCAGAAACAAUACAAAUUAUUUCAAGUUUCGGAGCUUAAUAAGCGGGCGGAGCAGUCGACGGCGUUCUGUCGCCGGCGGGUUGAGGAUAUAUUCACAUAAAGUCGGUGUGACAUUGUUAUCAGACAGACCUCAGCCGUUACACCCUGUCAGGCUCCCCACCUGUGAGACUGCUGAUGUCAGUUGAUGUCAGGAGCCUUGGAUUUUAAUCUCUUUCUCUCUCUCUCACACACACACACACACACACACACACACACACACACACACAGGCUCGGGCGACAGCUGUUCAAACCUGAAAAUAUUAAACAUCAGAGCUCCAGCUAAAAGUCACGGCUGUCAGGUUUUUUGGCAGGUUUACCUUUUCACAGUUUUAAUGUUUACCGCACCUUUCGAUUUAGCAGCACAGUAACACACAGGCUGUCCACAUUACUGAAAGUCUUUCUUCUCAAAUCCAUCUUCUUAUAGCCUCCACUCCACGGGGGAUUUAGUCUGUUUGAGUUUGAGCUCAUAGCAGAGUGCAGAGGCUCAUUUCCACCCUUCAACAGCUUAUACAGUGCUCCAUAUCCUCAUUAUUUAUUCAUGUAUUCACACAUGUCACAACAAGUCAUCAGCUCUCCAUACUAAUGCAAACACCUGUUGCUGCACCUGCUUGUAACCUUCACACUCAGUGCUUUCAAGCCUCUGUUUAGAAUAUUUUAUCUUGCAGUUUAGCUUCAUGUUUACAGUCAGCACUCUUUGGUCAAAUGCCUUCAAUUUAACUUCUUUCCACUAGUGACGAGUUGUAUCCCACAAUGGAUCGCAGCGUUCUGUAACUCAGGGCCUGUCACAGAUAGGGUGUGGCCUCUGGGUGGGGGCAGGUGAGGGCUUAGAGGUGGCAGACAAUCAAACCCUUCAGUCAUGCUCUCCGGGGUGCAGCCAUGCUUCCAGUUGCUUCGGAUCGGUUCGUCGGCUGGCGACUCGGCACGGGACCUGUACACAUUCAGGCCGGCGCUGAGCCACUCUGUGUUCCGACUGGGGCGGGCAGCGGAGCUGUGUGACGUCACGCUGGACUCGACGUCGGUGUCACGAAUCCACGCUGAGCUGCACGCAGAGAGGGAGGCGGGUGAAGGUGACACAGUGCCGCAGGAGGAGGGCUGGAUUGUCCACAUCAAGGACAGAAGCAGUCAUGGCACCUGGGUCAAUGAGGUCCGCCUCCAGCCAGGUGUCCACUGGGAGCUCUCAGAUGGCGACACGCUGACCUUCGGUGGCCAGUCCGCUCCAGGGAGCCCCGAAUUCUAUUUCCUCUUCCAGAAGGUUAAAGUUCGCCCGCUUGACUUCGAUGCCAUCACAAUUCCAAAGGCGGGCACCUUCUCCUCCGACAUACAGAAUCGGAUCAGAACUAACCUCGACCGCAAGGUGGCCACCAACCUGGACCUGUCCAAGCUGUCCAUCAACCGGGCCACCGUCAUCCUCAACUCCAUCGGCAGUCUGAGCAAGAUGAAGGGCAGCGCCUGGACCUUUAAGAGGAGCCACAGCCACGAGGGAACUGCCUCGGACCCCGGCUCCUCCUCCUCGCCUCCCCUGGCUGUGGGUUUAUCCUCUCUGCUCCCGCCCUCCACGCCUCCGUCAUUCUCCUCUGCAGCAUCAGUGCCUUCUGCAAAGUCCCUCCAGCCAACCUCAAGGAGCAGGAGGAAGUCUGCUCACACAGUCCUCCUUGAGGACGACAGCUCAGACGAGCCCAGAAGUCGAGGAGCUCCAGCAGGAGUUGUGGAGGACGGACAGAGAUCGAGGGGGAAGAAGCGGCGGCGACUCUACAAGUCUGAGUCUGAGAGUUUCAGCUCUCCUCCUCCUCUGCCGGUGCAGCCCAAGAGCCACGACGACGUCCGGCGGCCACUAGAGGCUAAGCCCUUUCCCGUCGGCAUCAGGACCAUCGGCAGUUUCCACGGUGCCAUGACAAACAGCAGACUCAACCACCAUCUCAUCCAGGCACAAUUCACCAACCCUGCCGUUCAUAAACAGGAAAUGCAGACGAUGCACCGGGUCCAGACGGUGAUGCACGGCAACCUCGCAGGUUUCCGCCAACAGAAACCGGCCCACAGUUCUCCGAUAGCGCAAAGAGGCAGGCGGAGGGCUAACAGCUCCCCGGUCUUCUCCCCUCUGGUGGUGGGAGGGGAGAACUACAGCCUGGCCUCGCCAUCAGUGAGGAUUCGAACAGAGGAGAGAGGCAGGAUGCAGUUCAACAGAUUUCACCAUCCAGCAAGUAAGCGACGAGGCCGCCCCAGAAAACACCCCCUUCCUCCCCGGCCCUCUCUGCCUUCUCCAUCCUCCUCAUCUUCCUCUUCCACCUCCUCUGCCUCUUCUUCUUCUGGCUCCUCCUCUUCCUCCUCUGAGGAUGAAGAUGAUGACGAAGAGGAGGAGGAAGAGGAGGCGACUGGCGGGGCGGUGGAGCCAUGCGCAGCGCCACGUUGCCGACUGCCCCAACAGGACACGGUGCAGUGGAUCCAGUGCGAUGUGUGCGACGCCUGGUACCACAUAGACUGUCUGCACAUCGACCGCAAAAAGCUCCUGAAGGACCCCAACGCAGACUUCCACUGCGGAUGUCGCUGAUAUGAGAGAAACCAAGCUUGUUGAGAUGAAGUGAAAUGCUCCAGUUUAGACUUUCAAGUUGCCACAUUUUCCCCUUAAAUGUUUAUUUCCCUUAGGCACACUUGUGGGAAUCAACAGACUUUUCAUUGAAGAUGCUACUUCUCUUCUAAUGGCCACUGAGUAGCUCCACUCAAGCAUGCAGUGCUUUUUUUUCUCACCUCAAAAACAGCUGACGAGGGCAGGACAAGAGCUUCCUUUAAUAUUUACAUCCUGAUCUGCUCAAGUUUAAAGAUUUGUGACCCAACAGUCACACAGCUGCUUCAUAAACCCCCUUUCCUGCUCAGUUUCAGCACUCAGGUUUUGGAGAAGGAGGCAAAAUUGUAAUGAAAUGUCUCAGGUUGGAUUUCAUUAUGACUUUGACUGCCUGGAGAGGUGCGGUCAGGGCGGGAAAACAUGAUGAAAUGUUGCUGAGUACACUCCCACUGUGGCUGUCGCUGACCAGGGGGCAGGCAGCAUUCAGGAAGAUUAAUGAAAUGUUUUAGAUCAGGCUGCCACAGCAAGAGUCUAUACAGGGCGAUUAAACACUCUUAGAUGUCUUGCUGCAGCCACCUUCACUAUUUCAGCAACUUGGCCAGGACAGAAUAGGACCUUCAGUAGACAUUAUGUGGUCUGCAUGGCCAAGGAGCUUCACCACCCUUCCUCCCAAAAGAAAACAGGGCCGGGCUGGUGUUUCCCACCUGUGUGAUAAUAAAACUCGAUGAAAUAUCUCAGUGCAGCUUUCCUGGGUGGCAGCAGCUGUCUGGGAGUGGGCGUGUGAUGUUUCAAGACAAUUAAAUGCCUGCAAAUGUGUCAGCAGACUUCCAUUGUAGCUGUUGAUGAGAGGUGCUUGAGGGAGGAUAAUCAAAUAUUUCAAGGCACUUCAGUAGUAGCAGCUGCUGGAUUUUUUGGGGGGAAUGUGUGCAGUGGGACUGUUAUAAGACGUCUGAGUGCAGGCUGACAGUGCGGCCAUUGCUGCUUUGGGAGGGCUCAUUACCAGUGAAAUGUCAUAAAAUAUCAUCCGCUGAUGUAACGGGAUAAACAGAUUCAGAAAAUCUUCGUCUCUGACUGCUGGGUUAAGACUUGAUGUCGCAGAUGAUUUUAAGGUUUUCUCUACGGAUCAUUCUUCAUCUUCAGCAGUCUCUUCACACUACUGAACUCUUGGGCCAAAGUGGACACUUUUGUCCUGACCAAACUGUUCUCCACUGCUGAACAGUAAUAUACACAUAUCAUUGCUCAGGUGCUGUUUGAGUUGGAAUAAAAUCAAAGUAUAGGUCUCCAAAUUCUCCUCUAAAGCACCUUUUCUAUUAUUUAAUUCAAAAUUCUUUCUUCGGUUGGCUCACCCAGACAGAAACAGUGUCUUUAAAACAGCAUUUAUGAGCAGUUGAGCUUCUGCACCACUUUUAUAACCUCUAUAAUACUUCUGACUUGAAGCUAUUCAGAUAAUGGUAGUGUCAAAAGUAUAGUUUUUCUGGGUUGGUGUUUAAAAAGGCAUCUCCCCAUUUUUACUUUGAUCAUACCACUAUGACAGACCUGCAGUUUUUGAGUUGAGGGGAAAGAGAGAGAAAAUGUAUAGAACUUGAUUCCUAAGCAAUAAAAUAAGAAAAAAGUUUAAAAAAGAUGUAUAUUUUAACUUUUACUCACAGCACAGCUGGAUCAGAUUUUCUCAGUCCCUGGUUGUCAAGAUUAUGUCACAAAACAAGCAGAAGGUUAAGAAGAAAACGUCUUAUAUCUGGUUUUCAAUUCAGUAUAUUCAUUUUAAAAUCCCAAAAUUAAAAAAAAAAAGUAUUCUGUGAGAUGCAUAAAUUUGUGUUUAAUAGUCUUAAUAAAUGUGUUACUUGUCAAAAGGCUACAGUUCAACUUAAGAUAACUUUAUUGACAGUUUAAGGUUUUGACAAAUAACCCCCACUUUUUGAGAAUGUGAGCACCUCAGAGCAGUUACACAAAAUCAGUUAUAUAGGACUUAACAUACUAGCUUAAUGCUAUAAUACAGACCUGAAGGACCUGUUUGGUCCUGUUGAGCAGUUGUAAAAAAAAAAAAAAAAAAAAAGUUGGGUUUUCAGUUUUUUCUGUUGAUCUGCAGUCAGUUGUAUUCUGUUUUUAUGUUUCAUCUGCCAGUGAAGAUGUAAGUGUUGAUAUACCUGUUUG